AUGGAAGUUCUGGAUCUGGAUUCAGAUUGCUUUUUGGUCAAGCUUGACAAUGAGCAAGAUUACUUUCGAGCGCUCACUGACGGACCUUGGGUGAUCUUCGAUCAUUACCUGGUGGUCCAACAAUGGUCCCCCGACUUUAGCACUUCUGAUCCUCUUCCCAAGACCAUGAUUGUUUGGGUGCAGUUUCCAGCGCUCAAGGUCCAUUUUUACCACAAAGAAGUGCUUACGGCUCUAGGCAAUCUGAUUGGGCGAACAAUCAAAUUGGACUACCACACGCUUACCCAGCAAAGAGCUAAGUUCGCCCGGCUGGCCGUGGAGGUAGACCUUUCCAAACAUUUGGUCCCGAGAAUCUUUCUCGACGGCCGCUGGCAGAAAGUUGAGUAUGAAAACCUCCCGUUGGUCUGCUUUGAAUGCGGGAGAAUUGGUCACAUGAAGGCUCUUUGUCCAUCACUCCGACCGAAAGGUUCGGCCGGCGAGAUCGUUCUAGCCGGAAGCCUCUCGCCGACGAUGACGCGUCCGGCAGAGGUAGAAUCAAACCCGGGUUUUGGGCCUUGGAUGUUAGUUACCAAAAAAAAACUGGCGGAACUCAAGGGACAACCACAAAAAAGGUAA